AUGGCAAUUUUCCUGCAGUGGAUCUUAGUUCGUUAUGUCUUUGUUUAUAGUUUUCACCGCGAGCAGAGACCAUUCUAUAGCCCGCAUUCUCAAGCUUUAAGUAUAGAGCCACCUUUGCAAGGAUCAAAUGUUCAACAAUUCGGUCCAGCACCUACAGACCAAAGGGGUCGGUAUGACUUCAACACUGUUGGAAACCCUGGACCUGUUACACCUAUAGGACACAGUGAUCAAUACAGCUCAAACCCGUUGCAAAAUUUUGAAGCUUUAACACUUGGAGGACCCAGUGAUCCGUAUGGAAGAAAUCUUGGCCCUUCCAUUCCAGGAGGAAAUUAUGGCUCUGCUGGACCAAGCACUUAUGGAAACCCUGGUCAAUUAACAUAUGGACAAUGCAAUGGCCAGUUAAGCUUUAAUCCUUUUGGAAAUAUUAGAAGCAAUCCUGGCAUCUUCACACCUCGAGGAAACAGUAGUUUUCCUUGCAAUGAUGGACAUCCUGGCCGUUUAACCUACGGAGAAUGUAGUGGUUGUGGUGGAUCCAGUUCUUAUGGGAAUCCUGGUCGUUUAACCUACGGAGAAUGCAGUGCAUCGCAUGGAAGAAAUCGUGGCCGUUCCAAGCAUAAAGGAAUUAAUGCAUCGCAUGGAAGAAAUCGUGGCCGUUCUAAGCCUAGAGGAAAUUAUCGUGAAAGCAGCAGUUCAAGCAGCAGCAGUUCUAGCAGCAAUUCAAACAGCAGAUACAGCAACAGUGACAGCGAUGACAGUUAUACAGACUAUAGUGUUAUCUUGUCCUUUUAACUAAUGUUAGAAUUAAACAAUAGUUGAAAGUCUUACUCCAAUUAUAUGUUACGUUAAAUAAAUGCUUUAAAUCUAGUUGAUAACACUAUGGACUCUUUCUUCAAUCAAAUAUAUUGUAUUGACAAACAUGAAUGUCGUUUUCUAAAAUACUGGUACCUUGAUUUUUACAGAUACUUAACUUUUCUACUAAUAUUGGUCAAGUGAUUUAGAUAAGUGAAACACAUUGCCACUGUGGGGUUUAUUUUCACCAAAGGGGCCCAAGAACAUUCUAUAAAUCAUCGGAAUUUAUUUGUAACGUUCAAUUUAUUAAAAGAUAGGGACAGUCUUUUUUAUGAUUUAGACAUAUUAAUUUUUAUCCCUAACAUUUUCUAAGAGAAUGUGUUGUUUAAUGAACAUGAUAACAAUUAAUCAUUUGCAAAAAUAUUGUGAAUUCAGCUCAACUUGACAAUUAAAAUGUGAGCAUAUUGUCACUGUAAUUAUAGUAAGUUGCGGCUAGGACUGUGGUUUAUUUAUCGGAGAUGUUUACGGGAAAAGCUUUAAAUCCACAUUCGACUGAUAUUUUUCACAGACAUGAUCCGUGUUUGAGCAUCUUAAGAGAUUCCAAGAAUUAAAGUGCUAAGAAGCUAUAUCUGAUGUACACAGUGCUUAAGAAGUAACAAUUUGAACUAAGGUUUAUUCACGGGCUAACUCAAGAAGUUCUUAUUUACUUUUUAUUCUAAAAUUUAACAAGUUAUUUGUCUUGAGGAUAUGUUAAUAAUUAUUGUUAAGUAUUAUCAUUUUGAUUUUUUAUACCAUUGUGACUGAUAUAUAAUUUUUCUUUUAAAGUUUUAAAGAAGAUACAUUUUUGAUUGGUUGAACUUUAAGAUAAACAUAAUUGAUGAUAGGGAAAUCACCCAAUGAUAAAACAGAAUGAGUAUGAUAAAAAAAAAUAUUUUAUCGUGUUUACAGAUACAUUGAGAAAUUAAUGUUUUGAAUAAGGAGCAGUACACAAUAAAAUGACUAUUUUUACUUGUAUUUUGUUUCCAUUUACAAACAAAUUUUGAACGCAUAUUAAGUAUAAUUAUUCAAAUUACAAUUUGUUUCAUGCACACAUUUCUCCGAGGUGAUAUUUGAUAUAUUUGAUUACUGUAUUCAGCAUGUUAAAUUACUGUCUUUUGAAAUUAUUUUAAUAAACACGAAUAAAUCACCUAAACAUUUGCUUGCCAUACAGAAGUUGAACAGAACAAUAUACCGUGUAUUCUUUGCAAAAUUUUGACAUUAUUAACAGUACAUUUUGUUAUCAUUUUGACAGCUUCUUUUCGUUUUAUGUCUAUAACUUGUAUUUUUGUAUUAUGUUCUGUUUAAAUAAAGUUAAAGAUUGUAUAAUUAUCAAGUACAGAGUUGUUUCGCUAUUUAAAUUGAUCAUUUAAACAAGCGGAGAAGGAAACAUAUAAAGUUUUCAAUAAGUUAGAAAGAUGCAAAUAUUUUGGCAAUAAAACAAAUAAUUGUUGUUUAUUUUUAAACUAGUAAUUACUAAUGUAACUCGUACAAAAAGAUAUAACUCAAAGAUAAGUUAGGCUGAUGUAACAACUGACAUUGUUCACAACGAUUUAGAUUUAUUGUUAUUUUCUCACAAUGUAAUGUAGUUAAACUAAACAGAUAGUUCAUUUCCUAUGUGCCUUGGUUUAUCAAAAGUUACAUUUAUAAAAAUUAUAUUCUACGUUGCUUAAUGUUAACAAACAAUCUGAUAAUUGGUCAUACCAUUUUCAUUAAAAGAUGUUAAAAUAAUUUUCAUAUUCUAUUCAAAAUUUCUAUAUAAUUAACGAGUUGUGUCAGAAAUAAAUAUCGUAUGAUUGUGCUAUUCUCCACCUGAUUUGCGCUUUUCAAUUUUGGAUCAUUUCUUAUAAUUAGAAUAAUUGCUCUGGGAAAAAGGGGUGAGCGAUUGAUUUAUCACACAAUUUCUUUGUAUAGAAAUGGAAUAUUUUAAUAUCGAAACAUU